AUGCCGGGACACAAGCUGGUAUUGGGUGAGUGGACCAGGGCUGUGCCUCAGAAUGCGCUCGCCCUCUGCUUUUGUGUGUCCGGCGCACCAUACUGCGUCACAGCUGCCCUCAAAGCCGCCCGGCUCCGAGGCGCAUUACGCGGGGAAUGCAGCGGUAACAUCCCGCAAGUUUGUGAGGGUGUGAGCGGCUUAGUGGCUGUGGAGAAAUCCAGAAAUCAAAGAUCUCUGUGGGCUACCUGCAUGACCGUUACCAUGACAGCAUCUGGAGCCCAACUCCUCCUGUUGGCCUUAUGUGUUUACGGAGGCUCAGGCCUGCAGCAGUCUGCUCCACGGCGAGUCUCUUUGUUCCCCGAGGCGCCUGUGGAGGAGGUUUUCGGGGCGGCCGGAGGACAUGUGACUCCUCUGAGCGAAUGA